AUGCUCGCUCUCCGAUCCAGUUCGAGAGUGAGUUUUGGGGUGCUCUCCCUUUUUUUGGUGGCUGUGCUGUUGCUGAUGCUCCGAUGCGCCUGCACACAGUCUCUUGUGCGUGCGACGAGUCGGUGGCAGCCCGUGUUUGCGCGUGGGUUGGCGACCGCGUCCGAUCCGUACGACGUGGUGGUGAUUGGUGGCGGUGAGUCAGCACGGAAGCUGCGUGGGCUCAGCUCAAACCUGGAGGGAGGAGCAUCGUGUGCUGUCUUUGCGGCGCGGAUCGGAUCCGAGUCGAUUGGGCUCCGCAACCGACCGAGGCCACCACGGCCCAACCAGCGGCGGCGGCCGAUCCCGACGGCUCAUCUCCGGCAUCUCCGGUGACGCAUCCACACACCCUGUGGUCGACACUGUACUGACUAGUAGGAUCGUAUAUCCCAUCUACCCCACCUCUUUCGUUCUCGGGAAUGCGCGCUCAUUCACGACCACCCCGCGGCCGAUCGCUGCAACGUCCCGACCUCGGUUCGUCCCGGCUCGCACGACCUUGUUGACUCUCAGGACCCGGUGGAUACGUUGCCGCCAUCAAGGCCGCUCAAGUCGGUCUCAAGGUCAGUCUUACGUCCCGGCUCUCCUGUGAUCGGGCGGGCGGAGGAAAUGCAGCCUCAGCAGAGCUCUUCCCUUCUCCUUCGUGCCCGCGUCCGCCACGUACUUUUGUCGAGUGAGCACCACUCUCUUAACACUCUCACCUCCACCCCACUCUCUCCCUCAUCGUAACAGACGGCUUGCAUCGAGAAGCGAGGAUCGCUGGGAGGGACAUGUCUCAACGUCGGCUGCAUCCCUUCCAAGGCCAUGCUCAACAACUCGCACAUCUUCCACCAAACCCUGCACGACACCAAAGCCCGAGGAAUCGAUGGUCAGUCCACUACGCGCCAUGCAGUCACCGACGCCUUGCACUGACUUUUGUCAUUCACACACGCGCACACUCGACACAGUCGGUGAGGUCAAGUUGAACUUGCCCGUGAUGCUUGACGCCAAGAACAAAUCCGUGGCGGCGUUGACCGGCGGUGUCGAGUACCUGCUCAAGAAGAACAAGGUCGACUACAUCAAGGGUGAAGCCUCGUUCGCCUCCGCGACCGAGAUUGAUGUCGCCCUCCUCGAUGGUGGCAACACCCAAGUCUCGGCCAAGAACGUCAUCAUCGCCACCGGAUCCGAGGUGACGCCCUUCCCCGGCAUGGAGAUUGACGAGCAACAGAUCGUCUCGUCGACCGGUGUCCUGGACCUGCAAAAGGUGCCCGAGAAGUUGGUCGUCAUUGGUGCCGGUGUCAUCGGUUUGGAGAUGGGCUCCGUCUGGUCCCGGUUAGGCGCCAAGGUCGAGGUCGUCGAGUUCUUGGGCGGCAUCGGAGGUGCCGGUAUCGACGCCGGCAUCGCCAAGGCGUUCCAAAAGAUCUUGACCAAGCAGGGCAUCAAGUUCUCGCUCAACACCAAGGUGCUCGGCGCGACCAAGAAGGAUGGCAAAGUCUCGCUCGAGAUCGAGGGGGCCAAGGAUGGCAAGAAGUCGACGAUCGAGGCCGACGUCGUACUCGUCGCGAUCGGGCGUCGCCCCGUGACCAAGGGCUUGAACUUGGACAAGAUCGGUGUCGAAGUCGACAACCGAGGGAGGAUCGUCAUCGACUCCGAGUUCAACACUUCGGUCAAGAACAUCAAGUGCAUCGGUGAUGUCACCUUCGGGCCCAUGUUGGCCCACAAGGCCGAGGAGGAGGGUAUCGCCGCCGUCGAGUACAUCAAGUCCGGCCACGGUCACGUCAACUACUCUGUGCGUUCUUUUUUUUUGCAGGCUUGGCUGUUGGACUGGACUCCCAGCUGACCUUGCGCCUGACUGAAUACACUCACUCUGAACAGGCAAUCCCUUCGGUCGUGUACACGCACCCCGAGGUCGCAUGGGUCGGCAAGACCGAGGAGGACCUCAAAGCCGAGGGCAUCAAGUACAACAUCGGCUCGUUCCCCAUGGUCGCCAACUCGCGUGCCAAGACGAACAAUGACACGGACGGUUUGGUCAAGGUUUUGACGGAGAAGGAGACCGACAAGGUUCUUGGAUGCCACAUCGUCAGUGCUAUCUCUUCCGAAAUCGUGGGUCUGGGGCGCCUUAGCUGACCCGGUUAACGUUGUUCGGGUAAUUCAGAUCGCUUCCGCCGCCGGUGACAUGAUCGCCGAGAUGGUGCUUGCUAUCGAGUACGGUUCGAGCGGUGAGGACGUCGCAAGGACGACCCACGCCCACCCCACGGGUCAGUUCAUCCCCUCACCACGCGAUGUGCUUUUCGGACUGCUAUUGACACGCUGCGUCCUCUUUCCCACUUGCAACAGUUUCCGAGGCCGUUAAGGAGGCGGCUUUGAUGGCCUCGAGUGGAAAGGCCAUCAACUUUUGA